UUAUUUUGAGGCUACUGGGAGCAUCAUCCAAGGUUUUGAUGAGCAACAUGUUCCUCGGCUUUGGAUCACUGUUGGGAGAUCAUUCUAGCUUAACAGCCUAAAACAGAAAACUUUGUUGACCACCAAGGCCCAUCAGAACAUAUAGAGAUCUUGGAGCAAUCAGGGUGGUGGGGAAGAGGGAACUUUUUUCAGCAAUACAACUAAUUCAUUCAUUUGGCCAAAAUGCACAAUAUUGAGUCAAUUGACCCAAAAACCAUUGACCUAAAAUGAUUCUAAUAUGUGGUCUUCUACUUCUGCUAAUUCUGUUUGCCUCUAGCCCUCAUUGGUUUCCCCUCUUGAUAAUCUCUUCAGCAACCACUUUCUUAUCACUCUCUGAACUGAACGCUUUAAAUUAAAUAUUAGGCCUUGUUAAUCAUUAAUUGCCCAACCAGAGCCUUCCAGGUUCCAUCGAGAGUCGGGAAAGUGCCGCAAUUUCACGCAGAUUUUUUUAAAACGAGGUAGAAGCAGACAGAGAAAAAUGUAGAAGAGGUUGUGAGGGGAGGUAACAGAAGGCAGGAAAAAAGUUUUUCCAAGGGAACAGAUAAAAGAGAUAGAAGGUAGCAGAGUAGGUCAUUGGAAGCUCAAGAGACGUGAAAAAGAGAAAGGGAGAAAGACUAAAAAUAGAAGAAGACAUUUGAGAGUAGAUAUGAGUCUUUUUCACUGGAUUUCGUCGCGGUUUCAAACCCAAGCACCAAGUUCCUCCCAACUGAACCUAGUGAACGACAGCCUAACACUGAGAAAUGUGCAGAUCCAUGGUCCAGUACAGCUGAUUGCCAAUCGCCCCAUUGUAGAGGAAUGCAUUGAGGAUACUUUCCAGGAGAAACUGUCCCAUCUAGGAGGGAAAGAGAAUGUACUGCUGGUCGGAGAGGCUGGGUAUGACAAGGACAAAAAUGGUCCUUACCAUGGGAUUUUGCAAGAACUCUCCUUUGCACUGUUCCACUUGCCAGAACGAGGCCUGCCGCAGAAAAACGAUCAUGAGAAUUGGAAUCUAGAAGGAAUGAAGGCUGGUUCAAGUUCUUCUCGUGCCCCAUCCAGGAUGUUGCAGUACCCAGUUGUUUUGGUAGUUUUCCGGGCUACAUUCAUUUUGGACUCUGCCAACACAAACCUUAUCAGAGAAGUACUGAAAGACGUGAGGGUCAGAAUCAAAGGAUCAGGGUCGGCUCUGGUGGGAAUUGUCUACAGCCAAGAAGAACUCGGCACAGAAGCAAAGUCAGUGUCCCAGAUGAAGUUUGGACUCUUAAUAGAACGGAUUUUCCAGGGAUACCUAUGGGGGAUUUGCUCCUACACCCGUGCCCGACCCGAAACUAUCCUACAGGUAAAAAGGACUAUCAAAGAGACACUGCAGGGCAAAAUUGCAGGUCAGUACAAAGAAAAUAAUUCUGCUGAUGCUUCUGAAAUUGAAAGGUCCUUCAAAGCACUGGUAUGUUGCCUGGGGGGCAAAGAACGAUUUCUCCUUGUUGGAAAUAUCUGCUCCUCGGCCCAACCAUCUCAACGAGCCGCCGUCUUCAAGGAGUUGUCAGAAGCCCUUUUUGAAGAACGUUCAGAACUUCACUAUAGCCAAGGACAAGGAAGGAUCAACAAUGGACCCACUGAAAUGUGCACCAAACUUCCAAAGCCAAAGCCAUUCCCAUACCCACUAAUCCUUGUGGUCUUCCGCUCCACCUUUCUGAGAGAAGAAGCCAACAGGGUGCAGGUUAAGGAGAUACUGAUCGACAUCAGGGGCAGAUGUAACCAGUCUGACACGCAAGUGAUCGGGGUGGUGUGCAGCUCAGAGAAGCUAGAGGAGGACAUCUGGCUGGAGUGCCAAGCUCAUCUGGACUCAGUGCUGCAACAGACUUUUAGAGGACCAGUUGGGGUCUGCUCCUUUGUGAGGUCCAGACCAGAAUCGGUAGAAGGCAUUAAGAGAUGUGUGUGUAAUUUGAAGGAGAGGACUUAAGAGAGUGUGUGUGGGUUGGAUAGAUGGGUGAUGAUCAUUUGUUUGGAACUUGGGCAAUGGUGUAUGGAAAUAUGUAUGAAGGUCAAAGCCCCCUGGAAAUAAAGAACUUUUGUAU